AUGGGUGACGCCGCACAGUCAUCAUCAGGGACAAACAUUCCCACUGGCGCAGCUGCUGAGGUGCGCGGCACCCCCAAGCCGAAACCUACGCCGCCCCCGAAACGGGAGGUCAAGAUCCUGAUGCUGCAUGGUUACACCCAAUCAGGCCCCCUCUUCCGUGCCAAAACCCGUGCCCUUGAAAAACUCCUUGUCAAGCUUUUGUCUCCCGCCAACAUCUUCCCUCGUCUGGUCUACGCGACAGCCCCCAACCGCCUUUCAGCAAAGGACAUCCCCGGUUUUACACCCCGCUCAGGGGAGGAGGAAAAAGAAGAACUGGAAGCAUGGGCUUGGUUCAGGAAGGAUGAAGCUACUGGACGAUAUAGAUUCGUUAAGGAGGGGAUGGAGCGCGUGGCGGAGGUGAUUAGCAAUCCGAACGGGGAGUUUGCGGUUACAGGGGAUGGGGAUCCGGUGCCAGAGGGGCCGUUUGAUGGUGUAGUGGGGUUCAGCCAGGGGGGUUGUGCCGCGGGGAUGGUUGCUUCUGUGCUUGAGCAUAUCUCACCAGAUGGGAAGUUUAGGAGGGCGCCGGAGGAGCAUGCGGAAUGGGCAAAGAAAGUUAGGGAAGCGAAUGGUGGGACGGCGUUAAAGUUUGCAGUGAUUUAUUCUGGAUUUUGGGCUGUGCCUGAGGAUCUUGGGUGGCUUUAUGAGCCGAAAAUUCGAACGCCGACGAUGCACUUUUUGGGGAGUCUGGAUACAGUGGUGGAACACUCUAGGAGUGAAGGGCUGAUUGAACGGUGCGAGGAGCCGGUUGUAUUGACGCAUCCGGGCGGUCAUUAUGUGCCGAUCAGUAAGGAGUGGGCUGUGCCGUUGGCAGGCUUUAUCAGGAAGUGUGUUGACGGGGAGGGGAAUGGGAAGGCGAGUCUUUAA